UGUUGAUAUCAAUAUGGCGGUUGUCAGCCAGACAAAGACAGUCAGUCCGAUGUGAUUGAGACGAGAGAGGUUUUCAGGGGGAGACUGGGAGAUAGGGGCCUCCCCUCCCCCUUCUCCUCUUUCUGCGCCGGCCUCAACCCCUCCCCAGGCCCCUCCCGACGGGCGCCCCACGCGGAAGACACCCCUCCUCCUCCCGGUUUGCCUCCUCCCCCACCUCAACCCUUCGUACUGGGACGUUGGGGAGGGGGCUGUGCUGGCGGUGGGAACUCAGCUAGGAUUCUGAGAAUGAUAAAUAACAUUGCUCAUCUCUGGAACGGAUAUUGAUCUGCCUCAUGUAAAGUAUGCUCAGUUCUUUUCCAGUGGUUUUGCUGGAAACCAUGUCUCACUAUACAGAUGAACCCAGAUUCACUAUAGAGCAGAUAGAUCUGCUUCAGCGCCUUCGGCGUACUGGAAUGACUAAACAUGAAAUUCUCCAUGCUUUGGAAACUUUAGACCGUCUUGAUCAAGAACAUAGUGACAAGUUUGGAAGAAGGUCCAGCUAUGGAGGAAGUACAUACGGGAACAGUACCAACAAUGUUCCAGCAUCAUCUUCUACAGCUACAGCUUCCACACAGACUCAGCAUUCGGGAAUGUCCCCUUCACCUAGCAACAGUUAUGAUACCUCCCCGCAGCCUUGCACUACCAAUCAAAAUGGGAGAGAGAAUAAUGAGCGAUUAUCCACAUCCAAUGGAAAGUUGUCACCAACUCGCUAUCAUACCAACAGCAUAAGUCAGCGGUCAUACAGUUUUGAAGCCUCUGAAGAGGACCUAGAUGUAGAUGAUAAAGUGGAGGAGUUAAUGAGGAGGGACAGCAGUGUGAUAAAAGAGGAAAUCAAAGCCUUUCUUGCCAAUCGGAGGAUUUCCCAAGCAGUUGUUGCACAGGUAACAGGUAUCAGUCAGAGCCGGAUCUCUCAUUGGCUGCUGCAACAGGGAUCAGACCUGAGUGAACAGAAGAAAAGAGCGUUUUACCGAUGGUAUCAGCUGGAGAAGACAAACCCUGGGGCUACACUUAGUAUGAGACCAGCCCCCAUUCCAAUAGAAGACCCUGAAUGGAGGCAAACUCCUCCCCCAGUCUCUGCCACAUCUGGUACCUUCAGGCUACGACGAGGGAGUCGAUUUACCUGGAGAAAGGAGUGCCUGGCUGUCAUGGAAAGUUACUUCAAUGAAAAUCAAUACCCAGAUGAAGCAAAGAGAGAAGAAAUUGCAAAUGCUUGUAAUGCAGUUAUACAAAAGCCAGGCAAAAAGCUGUCAGAUCUGGAAAGAGUUACCUCCCUGAAAGUAUACAACUGGUUUGCUAACAGACGGAAGGAGAUCAAGAGGCGAGCCAAUAUCGAAGCAGCAAUCCUGGAGAGUCAUGGGAUCGACGUACAGAGUCCAGGCGGCCACUCCAACAGUGAUGACGUUGAUGGAAAUGACUACUCGGAACAGGAUACUUGGCAAGUACGCAAUGGGGAGGAGGAGGAGGGACGAAGUUCAGAGGGAGGCAGAGAAGCAGAGAAGGAUGACAGCACGAGCCAUAGUGACCACCAAGACCCCAUCUCAUUAGCUGUGGAAAUGGCAGCAGUCAACCACACUAUCUUGGCAUUGGCCCGACAAGGAGCCAGCGAAAUCAAGACAGAGGCCCUGGAUGAUGACUGAUCAGGGAAGGUUAAACCUGCCAAGUAAACUUAGUUUAGACGUAGCACCUUAGCAGACUUUCCUCGGUCCUUAACAUGUGUUCUUACAGUAUAACUUGCAGUUUCUUGUAUGUCAGGUAGCCGUUAGGGUCUUGUUCUGUGAAGAUGGCAUGGUGCCCUCAGCCUUUGCAUAUACUCUCUCAGUAUUAAAUCCCAGUAAAUAAUAACUACCGACCAACCAGACUUCCCUCUCCCUGCCCCCACGGCUAGAAAAUCUUGCUGCUCCGUCUUAGCAUUCCAAGAAAGUGCUUCCAGGUAUUUAGAUAGCCCUCAGUUCUCGACUAUUAGGCUGUAUGUAAAAUCUUGGGUACCUUUAGAUUCUUGUAACACUAGUCCCGUUCCACCUCGUCCUUCCCCAAGACUGAUAGGAUGCAAGCUGAGGUAGUAGCACAGGAGUGACAGGCACCUUUGGGGGAGUAUCCACAGAGUAAAAGGAACACUAGAAUCAUUGAUUUCCAGCUGCAAUAAGCCGUGCCUCAUUAUAGUCACACUGUGGCUAAAUUAUACUUCUCUGGGUGCUGUGCUAAGAAUGUCAAUGACAAAAAACUCAGUCUCAGAUUUUGGUUGGUGUUAACAUGCCUGACACAGACAUCCUUUCCUCAAUAAGCUGUGAGACUUCGUAGAUAAUACUGCCUUUUGCCUUUGGGACCAUGAUUAAAAACAAAAACAAAGUCAUUGAAAAAGAAAUUGGCUUGAGAGCACUGGGAAACAGUAUGAGCUGAAUGUUUGAAUGAAUGUCCAGUUCUCAGAACCACUGUACAUUCCGCAGCACAGCUAUCAGUGCCUGCCUGGAAAAGUGCUAGAGGUUAUCAUGGCCCUCGCUCUGCCUCCUGUCAGUGUCCCCUUUCCCUGCUACCAAAAAUGGCUUUCAAGCAUGGAGUGAAGACCAAAAGAGUAAACUAACAUACUGGUUUUGUAUCAGCUAACUGAAGCCCCCUCAAUCUGAGAGAAUGACAGAGGACUCUGUAGUAGAAUUAUACUAUCACAGAGAUGUAAACGUUUGGCCAAACAGGAGCAGAAGAAAGGAGCUGCGAGAUACUAGGGGAUGUGACUGGUUUGGUGUUCUUUUUACUCUGUCCUUGUAGAGGUGUAAAAGCUAUAUUGCUACAGGCAAUGUAUUUAAUAAUUGGAAGCCAUAUUGAUAAUGGAUGUGGUAAUAUUUGUAAAGUUUAAUCUACUUUAAGCGGCAGUAAGUAAUGGAAUUUUUCCUUGAUCACAUAUGUAGCACUUUUGUUACUUUUUAAAGAUAUUUAUAUUUGAUAAAUCUUUUUUUUUCAUUUUGAGAAUUCAAAAAUACCAAACAGUGAACUUGCGUUAUAAAGUCACCCUGUGAUCACCUUGUCAUCUAGUCGCAAAAUGAUGAACUAUUCAUGCAUCAAAGAAAAUUACAUCUGCUGGCCUUGUAUGAAAAUGAUCUCUUGGCAUCCUGAUUAAAUGACACACUGUCACUGUGGGCGUGGGAACAAGCUGGCGCAGCAAGUUACGAAGCAUGUUUAACAGUCGUGAUUUGAUCAGGUACAUGGACCACAUGCCUGGGGAUUGCCCAGAAGUAUUUAGCAUCCACCGAAAGGCUUCAGUGGGCUGUGCGGGAUCCCUGCCAGGUUGGGAGAAGCGGGGGUGGGGCAGAAGCCCCCCUCCCUGUCUCGGUCACUGUGUGUCUCAGUCUCCGUCUUUUCCUUUGGCGUCUCCUCUGGUCUGUCCCCAUACUGUGCACCAUGUGUCCCUGAGGGUGAGUCACACCUCUGUCUGAGUCUGCUGUAAGGUGUUUGGUCUACCUCAAGGGGUCAUCAUGGUGAACUCUGUCCACAUGGAAUCCUUCUUACAUUGCCACACACACUGGAAUGUAGAUCUUCCUCUGCCCCACCCCUCAAUAACCUCCUGACCCCAUCUUUCCUACGAUCACCACAAACUCCUAGUGCAAAUUGGAUGCUGCUUUAAAUGUGAAAACAAUUGUUCAAAAGCUAUAAAAACCUGAAUGAAAGCUAAAGCUGAAUUUAUAAGCCUUGUUGCAUAUGAGCCAAAAGUGCAAAAAGCUCUAUAUAAUGGACUAACCUGCCACUCGUAUAAAUAUAAAUAUAUAUAAGUAUAUUAAAAUCAGACUGUUCUACAAAAUGGUGUAUUUGUAUUUUUGUGUACGUACAAUUUUCUGCUAAGCAGAAGGAGGAUGUAGUAUAGGAUGCUGUGAGAAGAGAUUUGGUUUAAUCCUAUUUCUUUGUUACUUAUUUUUGUUAACAUCAGAUGCCUGUCUUCGUCUUACAUGUGUAUGACACUGUUUGGAAAGCUGCAGUAUCUCUCUUCCUCAGGUCCAGAGGCCAUUAAAGAAUGAACCUGGGUUCUAGAGAGUUAGCUCGUCCACCCAACAUGGGCAAGUGGCCAGAGGCUCAGCUCUUGGAAUGCCACAUGGCGGCACCCUGGAGUGGUUCAUGGUUCUGAGCUGGAACCCAGGGAAGCAAAACCACCUGUUCCAGCCCAGUUGUUGCGUUGACUCACCUCUGGGCAGCAAAAACCUCACUUCCAGAAAGCAACUUCCACAACAAGAUUACCUGAUCCCUGAAAUGCAGACUCUCCACUUGGGUCCCCUGGAGGGAAGCAAGGAUCUAUAGCUCUGAAUUUAGGAAUAAGACCCCUCUUAUUUCUAGGUCAGAAGUUUUCCCAGAAAACAGGAAGUGGAUCUACCUGGUUGUAGUCUCCAGGGCUCUGGCUUCCACUUCAGAAUAGUUGCUGCCUUUUUUGUUUUCUCCAGAUCAGGUUACCAAAAUGCCUCCCCCCUGCUGAGCUGCCAUGCUUCCUCACCCAGACCUCCAGCCCCAGCUGCCUGGAGCAUUUCAGAACCCACUUUGCAGGUGCUAAAACCCAUGAGGGGGUUAAAUGGCUGCCAGUAAUGGUUGAACCCAACCAUCAGAGGCCAGGCUGAAAGACAAGCUCCAGGUGGCCCGCGGUCAACUGCCUUGCCCAAGUGCUGCCCAUCCACCUCUCAGCCCCUUAAUGGUCCCUCUUGGUGUGAACCUUUUCUAGGGAGAGGGAUACUGCACCUUCACCUGUAGGACUCAUAUUUAUAACAAUGUGUAAUGACUGUAGCAAAAAGCUCUUGUUUCUAGAUGUAAGUGGUCAAAGAAACAAGUGCUGUAUAUUGUACUGAUUCAAAUAGUUCCAAUGAGUCCUGUAUCAUUGUAUCUCCUAUUCUGGAUUAGUGCCUUUUGGACAGUAGACUGUUCUGUAAUUAAAAAUGUAGUAUACUGCUUUUUUGUACAGUUUUGUUUUAAUAAAACUUUUUUUUAA